AUGUCCCAUCUCGCCUCCCCUAACAGUACAUCCCGUACUACUGCAGAGGCCAUCUACAAUGCAGGGAUAUCUUUGCAGCUGAAUCUAGAGAAAGCUCAGCCAGCCCUGUACUGUGAUUUGGACCCAUUGGAUUGUCUGAACAUCAUUAGAAGUAACGAGUAUUGGCGAAAGCUCGCGCUACAGCAAGAGCAUGGCAUAAUAUUUGAAGCUGUAUACGAGCAAUUGAAUGCCGGUGUUACAAUUUCGUCGUUAUUGAAUCCAUCAAGUGCAACUGUCCGUCAUCCAACCCUCCGGGUGGAAGACGUGGUAGAGGAUUUUCUGAAAUCCAUGGAAGAGCCGAUGAAGGGAUAUCUGAAGGAGAAUCGUUUGCCUGAGUGGACCUUACCCGAGUCCGCUUUAGCUGGACUAAAUGAGCGUGAAAGGCAGGAUGUUUUGGCGCAUGUUCGCUCUCUUGGCAUUCCAGCGCGUUCUAACAGCCCGCAAUGUCCCGAUAUGCUUCUACAUAAUCUUGGGAAAAUCAUCGAUGGAGAAUUACUCGAGUCGAUCAAAAAAAUCUUCGAGAAUGAGGAGCCGUGUCUCUUGCUUAGCACAUCGGGUUCAGGUAAAACUCGCACCAUUCUGGAAGGCCUCACACGACAUUGGGGCUUCUACUUUGUAUGCGCUCGAGACGACAAUGGGCUCGGGUCCAGCGACUUGUCUUCUAUGAUCAAUGACGGUCUGACUGGCGACGAAAAUUUCACAUUGGAUCUUUCAUCUGUUGAACACAAGGAUUCUUCCACUUUUCUUACGCGAAACCGCUCCAUUGCUAGGCAACAUUUCUUCGAGGUAUUUCUGGCGAGGCUCGUAAUAUUUACCGCCUAUCUCGAGGCAGUCUUCGGGCCGGAUGCACCAGCUCGCUCCGAGUCCGACAACUACAAGAAAAUGUGGCUCAUAUUACAGCUCAAACCUCACCUUGGUGGUGUCCCUGAUAUCUUCGAUGAUUUUUCAAAAACUCUGUAUGAGAUUCAUGCCCCCCAAAAAGAUCUUGCCCAUGUCGCCCAGCGCUGUGCACACCGAAUUGUACAACUUUUGCGUGACAAUCUUGCAAUUGUAAUGGAUGAAUCCCAGAUUGCGGCCGUGACACAUGAUCUGGCUUUCAAGUCGGGACCUGAUGACCCUACCCCUAUAGAACACUCAACAGGAUCAACAGGAGUAUUCCGACCCGUACUACGAGAAAUACAAGGCAACUUCUACUCCACAUAUAUCACUCACACCCUUGAUGACUGCGACGCCCAUCGCCGCUACGUUGAAAAAUAUUUCCCUCUGAAACUCGUGAAAUCGUUGGAAUUUGAACAUCUUUUUGACAGAAUUCGCCACUGGCUUCGGGGUAGCAAUACAGUGCCAGCCAACAGAUAUUUGACGGAAAUGAAACGUGGAAAGAGUCCCCUUGUUGCGAACCUUAUUCAAUACGUCUACAAGUAUUUCAUGACCAGCAUGCCUCCAUUUGCUUUUACUGCCAAAGAAAUAGAAUUCGUGAAAUAUGGUUUUGCCCGAUACACAAUCAAGGACGAGGACGUCAUACAAAUGGAGGGUGCCUUCCAGCAGGAGGAUUCAGUUCUUCUGGUACCAACAAUUCAUAUCUCAGAACCUCUCAUCCUUCUCGCACUGGCCUUGUGGGCCAAUCGCAAUCAUAACCUGUGGAUAAUAGGCCCUCUUCAUUAUGUGCUUACCACAGAAAUCACCAAUCAUGAUGUUGUGAAGGGGAAUGGUCUGGAGAAAUAUAUUGCUUACUAUUUUGCAACGGUUUUAGCCAGGAAAGAAGGGUGUAGGCUUGGAGAAAUCUUGCAUUUCCACGGCCGAACAAAGCUUAUGAACUCAACGGCAAAACUGGUCGCUGUCAAUGUUCUUCGCAAUGGCAGGGAUAUGGAUGAGUCAAUUGACGACUAUAGUUCGGCUACUAUCUUGAAUAAACUGAACGUCGUGCCUCCCGCGCCAACCAAAGGAGAUGUUAUAUCAGAAGGAGCAUUCAUCUCGUGUACUGCAGAAACCAAUGUCCCCGACUUGUCCCACUGCACGUCAGUGCUAGGCCGACAAACUCAACAGCCAGAGGAAGUUCUAAAUUGGUUACUUUUUCGACAUCGCAAUGCGAUCUGCUUCCCAGACAACCACUUUGGACCGGACCUUAUAUUUGUACUCAAACUCUUAGAUCCUAAACCAACAUACAUUUGGGUUGUGGUUCAGUGCAAACUCCGUCUAUCGACGAAGACCUUAUCAAAGAAAUCUGUUCAAGAUAGUCUGAAUACUUUAGCUCCAACGAAAUUCUAUAUUGACAAAAAUGGAGAGCCUUACUCGCCCAAGAGCCUUCCCAUGCUACCAGAACGCACCCUUGAAGCAAUGUCUUUCCUCCCACAUAGGAAUACUGAGUUAGCAGGACCUUACAGUGUUCUGAGGAUCAUCUGUCCAUUUCCCGCUCCAAUGGAGCUCGAUAGAAUACCCUCGCAGGACGAUGAAGAAGAAGAUGAGGAUGAAGACGACGAAGAUAUUGGACAAAAGAGGGAAGAAGGUGGCCAGAUUGUCACCGACGCCGGACGGAAAUUCUCACUUUGCACUGACCCAGAUGACUUAGGGCAUCCCCUGGCCACCCUGAACAUUGAGAAAAUGAUCAAUGUGAUGGACCAAUUUAUACCAGAAAAUAAGUUGGCGGCGAUCCUUGCGGAGAAAGGACAGAAGGUUGAAUACGCUGCGGCUUUGGCUAACAAACGUGCUAUAGCUUUGGAUAAGGAAGCCCGGCAAUAUAUAGACCAACGAAAGCUUACGAAAGCGAAGGGGAUCAACGAAGCUGUCAAAAGAACCAGGGGUUCGAGCAAGAAAAGAAUUGAGAGGAAAAAGUCUACAGCUGGGACCGCGAAGGAUGGCGCGAUUGGGAAAGCAGAUGCGAAGAGGAAUAGGAAGUCGACAGUCAGCACUAGACAACCUGUAGAGUCAGGUUCACAUGCACUCCCUACCGGAAACGCGGAAAAGAAGAGAAAGAGAACAACUAGCGCGAAUAGUGUUGCUGAGACUGAGCUCGCCCAAAGGAACGCCGGGACAAUGAAACUUCGUACCCUACCACAGAAAAGUAGAAGACCAUGA